AUGAAGAAGGAGAGUAAAAAGACUGCAACAAAGUCACUAAGAUCGAAACCUAAUGCAAAAUCGCCUCUGACCAAGGCAACAUCUAAGGGCGAUCUUCUGAAGGAAACUGAGGCUUCUGUAUUAAGUCUUGAGCAGAUUUCACAACUGACAGAGGAAAUCAAGAGCUCUCCCAAGUUCUAUAACAACAUUCCAAAACUACUUGCUCAAUAUACUUACAUAGACUCAAGCAAUAUUGAAGAUAUUACAAAGGCUAGAAAACUUACUAAAUUGCUGUUCAAAGUGUUCAAAAAGUUACUUACUGAGGGACGACUAUCUUUCACCGCAAGAGACACUGCUGACAAGAAACAAAUCUCAUCAUGGUUGAGGGCCAGGUAUGAGGCGUUUAAGAUUGAACUACUGUUAUCUUUGCAGAUUGUCGAGUUACAUCAGGAAUCCAAGUACUAUAAGCUGGAUAUCCUAGAUAUUGUCAUUAAACUGAUCAAGCUAGAAUCCUCGCACUGUGGACCUGCUGGGACCGAACCAUAUUUUGCUACAAAGUUGUACAGAUCUCUUCUAUUGACAUUAUUACAAACAGGAGACGAAAAGAAUUCGCUGAAGGAUGGUACCAUUGACAAUUACCUGAUCUUAGAAUUUAAGGAGGUUCUAUUUCAAUAUCAAGAUUUAAAAUACUAUUUUUUUCAUGAAAUUCAACAGGAGCUCAAUUCUACACAGCUUGAAAAUAAAGUACUAGCAUUCUCUAAUUAUUUGACAUUGUUAUACGAUCAACCAAUUUACGAAGAUUUUGAUAAUGCAGAAUAUUUGGUCGAGUACGUACCAAAACUUGCAAAGACUGAACUUCAUUUCAAGUUGGCAUUUGAGAAGUGCUGGCUGGGGUUGCUAAAUUGGAACAUCUCUUUUGCACAAAACCAGACUGUAUUGGGAUUGGUUCACAAGCGAUUGCUGCCCUUCAUGGAAAACCAGCAGCAAUUGAUGGAUUUUCUGACGGAUACCUAUGAUUUAGGAUUUGAGAACAACCAUGUUAACACAUGUAUUUUAUCAUUGAAUGGGCUAUUUGAACUCAUGAAGAACUAUAAUUUGGAAUAUCCUGACUUCUUUACCAAACUUUACCGAAUUUUAAAUCCCGAUCUCCUCCAUUCUCCUCAUAAGACUAGGUUUUUCAGAAUGUUAGACAUAUUUCUAACUGGAGACUAUCUCUCCAGUACUAUGAUAGCUUCCUUCAUUAAAAAAUUAGCAAGACUUUCGUUGACCGCCCCAAUUUCAGGAAUUGUUAUUGUGAUACCUUUUAUAUACAAUCUAUUGAGAAGGCAUCCGGCAUGUAUGGUCCUCAUUCACAACCCAAAUCCAGCAGAGAAUUACCAAGAUCCGUAUGACGACAAUGAAACAGAUCCAGACAAUACCAGAGCCAUCGAAUCAUCAGUUUGGGAGCUUGAAACCCUAGCUACUCAUUAUCAUCCUAACAUUGCCUCUCUGGCCAAAAUCUUUUCACAGCCUUUCCAUAAGUACAGUUACAAUUUAGAGGAUUUCUUGGAUUGGGAUUGUGCUAAAUUAUUAGAUGGGGAACUUAGUAAGAAGUAUAAAACGGAAGCUGGAUUGGAAUUUGAACCAGUUGAUAGAGUGUUUGGCGCUGAGUCCGAAGAAGCGCAAUUGAAAGCCCAACGGGAGGUUUAUAUGAGUGGAUGGGUAUGGUAG